AUGGCCCUGUCUAAUCUCACAGAGCCAUCUCCGCCUGAGGCCACUGAAGUCCUGGCCAGUAAAAUUGUCCUCUCCUUGACCCUGUCUGUAUUGACAGUACUCACCAUGUCCGUCAACUCCUUGGUUAUCACUGCCAUUAUUGUCACUCGCAAGUUGCACCACCCAGCCAACUACCUCAUCGGUUCUUUGGCGGUCACCGACUUGCUGGUGGCCAUCUUAGUCAUGCCCUUCAGCAUUGCGUAUAUUGUCACGGAGCACUGGGUUAUGGGUCAAGUGGUGUGUGACAUCUGGCUGGCUGUGGACAUCACCUGCUGCACCUGCUCCAUCCUGCAUCUGGCGGCCAUCGCCGCAGAUCGGUACUGGGCCAUCACUGAUGCGGUGGCCUACUCUCUCAAGAGAACACCCGCGCGUGCUGCCGUCAUGAUAGUCCUGGUAUGGGUGCUGGCUGUCCUCAUAUCCUUGCCUCCUGUCAUUUUGAGGCAACGCGAGAACAGUAAUAUGACUUCAGGCAUUAAUGAGUCACAUGAACACUGUCUUAUAAAACACAGCAUUGGCUUUGCCAUCUACUCCACCUUUGGGGCUUUUUAUAUUCCUCUUCUACUCAUCAUCAUCUUAUACUAUAAAAUCUACCAUGCCGCUAAGAAUCUGUAUGAAAAGCGAGGCGCUAUCCGGAUCAGAAAACAGGCAAUGACCGGACAUACUUUGCCCACGUGCACAUCAGACAGAGAGCCACACAGCCAUGGGACCCUCAGUCCACCUGAGAAGUCCUUCUCAGACCUUUCCACGGACGGCGAGCGGGUUCACAUCACCCCUAAAAGCUCACACCUUGUACCUCGUCACAGGAGGUUUAGCAGACAGCAUCGCAUCUCUGGGAGAAGGGAGAGGAAAGCAGCCACCACUCUAGGCCUGAUCCUGGGAGCAUUCGUCGUCUGUUGGCUGCCCUUCUUCGUCCACGAGGUGAUCGUCAACACUUGUGGUCCCUGUCAGACAUCUGGAGAGUUGGUCAACUUCCUGACAUGGCUGGGCUACCUGAACUCGCUCAUUAACCCUCUCUUAUACACCGUCUUUAAUGAGGACUUCAAAAAGGCCUUUCAAAAGCUCAUUUGGUGCAACCAGUCCCUUAGUCAGUCUCAGUUGGAAUAGUGAGAUAAACGCACAACGUGGAACAGAAUGGAAUCAUCUGUAGAUGUAAUGAAACAUCUGUAAAUGUAAUUUUGCCUAACUUCUACAUUAACACAUACGCAUACCAAAUCCCUGGUGAGAUUCGGGUUGGAAAGAAUACAUGCCAUCCGAAUGGUGAUAUUAAGUUUAUCAGUAUACAUAUAAAUUGAGUAGUCCCUUGAAAUAACAUUAUGUGAAGGGACCGUUUCAAAGUUGUACCACACAUCCAAAAGCAAUGUGCGCCAAGUGUAUCAAAGCCCACUGGGUAUCGAUGUCAAAUGAUUUUCUCAUAUUGCUAUCAAAGAACAAGACAAGAAUACACAAUAACAUCACAAUCAUUUGAGAGUUGUAGUAUAACAUUUGUCUCCACAGUUCAUUAUGAGGAUAUAUUACAGAAUGUGGUUGUGUAACUUCAUUUUGUUGCAUGAAAUGAAACAUAAAAGUCAUAAAAGUUACAUUACUACUAAUCUUAAAAAACUCUGUUAGCAGGAACUAAUGUUGUAAAUAAAGAUGAACUUAGA